UCCACUUCCCAGGCCUAUAGCAUCGCUCUCUCUAUCGACAGCUGUAGUGAUCUGAAGAUCCAUCAGAUAGCAAUCGGCAAAGGUCGGAGAUUUCCGGAGAUUCCCGAUCUCGCCUGAAGCACGUUGUACUCACCCCAUUCAGUGUCAGACACCGCGUCCCAUAGUUACGGUGCCGAAGAGGAGCGAGCACCGGUUGUAGAUUUCUAGCCCUCUGUAUGUUUCCCCUAUAUAACAUGGCUGUUCAUUUCUAUUGUAUGAUUGAAAGGUAGACAUCGGAAAUCUACAUGACAUCUCGAAGGAUCUGAUUGGAAAAUUAAACACAGCUGAUUUCACUGGAAAUAUAUAAAGAAAGAACUGAAUAUGCUUCGAUACCUGCUAACAACCUUCCUUAGUAUAAUUUCACUUCCGGUUUACACUUCCAAAACACUUGUUGAGACAACUUCCGGUUUUGUGCGCGGUUUCACUCAAGAUGUCGACGGAACCACAGUUUAUACGUACCUAGGCAUUCCCUUUGCCCAGCCUCCUCUCGGGGAACUUAGGUUUCGCCGACCAGUACCGAUAGAAAAGUGGACGGACGUUUUUAAUGCCACCUCCCUAGGGAAUACUUGCUUUCAGAGUCCUUUGGAGUAUUUUAAGGGAAAAAAGGGCGAAAAAUCCGAAGAGAUGUGGAAUCCAAAUACAAAUAUGAGUGAAGACUGUUUACAUUUGAAUAUCUGGGUACCAAAAGUGUCCGGAGAUACGAAACUCACGACUAUGGUUUGGAUUUAUGGAGGUGGAUUUAUUGCAGGUUCACCAACAUUGGAUUUGUACGAUGGGGCCAUGUUGGCAAGUUCACAGCAAGUUAUUGUGAUAUCAAUAAAUUAUAGACUAGGUCCUCUUGGAUUUCUAUAUUUAGGCACCGAAAAUGCCCCUGGAAAUAUGGGAUUAUUAGAUCAACAACUAGCUUUGCAUUGGAUUCAUUCAAAUAUUCAACUAUUUGGGGGAUCUCAAGAUGAUAUAACAUUGUUUGGGGAGAGUGCAGGCGCUGUGAGUAUAAGUUAUCACAUUAUGGCAAACCACUCUCGCAAUCUUUUCAAAAAUGCCAUUUUGCAGAGUGCUUCCGCUCUUGCGCACUGGGCAUAUAAUGAUCCGAAAGUAGCUUUGGAAUAUACUGUCAAAUUAGCAGAGGCUUUUGACUGUGAAUCAAAUGAUGAGACCUCCGUCAUUGAGUGUUUGAAAACGAAAGACGCAAGUGAAUUCUUUACAAAAAUAUGGACGUUACCUUUGACGGCUGUGACGUUUAAUUUCGUUCCAACUUUAGACAAUUAUUUUAUCUUUGAAACACCUUCAGAUUUCUUCAGCUCAGGGAUUUUACCAGCGAAGAGGAUAUUAUUAGGUGUAAAUAGAAAUGAGGCUAUGUAUUUUUUGUUUUAUAGUUUAUAUGAUAUAAUUGUAACAGACUGGCCAAAUAAUACAUUGAAGAAAGACGAUUACAUAAAAAAUUUACCAGAAUGUGUUUCGCAAAAUGGCAUACAUAAAUUGGACAAUGUAAAGGAUAAACUAAUAAUAGACGCCAUUUUAUAUCGAUAUGAGAGCCACCUACUUCCGGGUGAUAAGAAGGAUUACAUGAUGCUUCUUGAUGAUAUAACUGGCGACUUUGCCUUUAAAUGUCCAACCAUCAAUCUAGCCCAAAAGUACGCCCAGGCAAACGGACAGGCCGCUGGUGUAUACCUGUACGAGUUCAACCAUCGUCCGUCUGUCAGUUCGUGGCCAGAGUGGUCAGGGGCCCUCCAUGGGGACGAGAUCGAGUUCAUUUUUGGGCUUCCUCUGAGAAAAGGGACCAAGUACUCGGCGAAUGAGCAGUCCCUGAGCCAGGACAUGAUGCAAUACUGGGCCAAAUUCGCCAAAACAGGACGUCCAUCCAGUGACUGGCCGCCCUAUUCAUUUGAAAACGAAGCAUACCGGAAGUUUUCAGCGGAUGUUGGUCCCUAUGAUAGUGUCUACAACAAAGGGCUCAAACACAGUCACUGUCUAUUCUGGAACGACUACAUUCCCAAGCUUCAGGAGUACCUAAAGCAAGAGGACGUCAGAUGUGAAUGUGCCACCAACAUUGGACACAGGAACUCGACAAACUUUAUCACGCAUGCGCUCAUUACAAUUAUUGUUAUAAUAUGUACAAGUAUAUUAUUUCUUGUUAGGUAGGAAUGGAAAGAUAUUCUAUGUACAAUUUUUUCCUUUUUUUAAGAGCACUCAGGAUACAUAUGAUUUAAAAUAUAUGCAAAUUAUGAGUUUUGUUCUUUAAAAUUCCUUUCAUGGACGAGUCUAAGCUCUUUUCUAGCUGAUAGACAUUCAAAUAAAACCUGUUCUUUUCAUUGAUAUCUUUUACGCAAUCGAUCAUUCCAGACUUCCAGACAUAUAUGUGUAUAUGUACUAUAUAACAAGUUAUAAAGUGCUGCAUUAGUUGAAAGAGUUUAUACGAAGACGGGCGAGAUCAUACUUGUGGAUAUAACAUGUACCUAUACUAAAUUUAGACCAAAAAAUCUGUAUCAUUUACAUUAUACAGUUAAAUAUUCUAAUUAAAGGCGUCUUUUUGUGAAAUUUGUUAACAUUUGAUGAAGCAGUUAAUUAUUGCAAUAAAAAUGCAUAAAUAAAUUUUAUAUGAAUAGAGCAUUUAAUUUCCCAUAAUGAAUACUACUCGAUAGUAUAAUGCGUAAAGUAGCAAGUUUAGAUGUAUUUUUACUUGCAUAAUCUAAUCAUAGUAAAGCUUACGAUUUUCUAAAACCUCGUCAUUUGUUUGGCUUUUAAAUUGCUCCGAAGUUUUACCAUUUAAAAAUCAUUUGAAUCUUUACUUGCAAGGUUGGAAAUAAACAUCCUUUGUCUUCAUUUACAUUCGAAACUUAACUAAGGCAAUGAAAUAGUUAAAAAGUAAUGGCGCAGGGAACCCUGAAAAUAUGGGACAGUUUUAUUUUUAUUUUAUUUUUUUUUUUAACAACUCAACUUGCUACCCCAACAAACACAUACACAUGCAGGAAAUGUAAGGAUGUCCCUUUUCUCUCACACCUACCCAACACACACACAAAACACACUGUUAGGAUGUUUUAUAGUCCCGCCCCACCCAACAAACACAUGUGCAAACUGUCAGAAUGUCCCUAUACUCCCACACCUACCAAACACACACAUGAUGCACACACUGUUAGAAUGUCUUUAUACUGCCACACCUACCAAACACACACAUGAUGCACACACUGUUAGAAUGUCCUUAUACUUUCACACCUACCAAACACACACAUGAUGCACACACUGUUAGAAUGUCCUUAUACUUUCACACCUACUCAGCACAC